AUGCCUUUUUCCCAGAUCUACUUUGAUGAGCAUAGCCCUGACUACAUACGACAGAAGUACAAUGAGCCAGUAGAGGUGAAAGAGGUUCCUGUGGACGACAAGAAGCAAAAAUCUCCAUCAGGGAGCCCCCAUUUCUACCGGAAAGGAACAACACCCAAUCAGUCUCCAUCUCCGAGCCCAGGCCCCAGCCCCACUCCUUCACCCGCCGCUGUUAAGAAGAGCUUUUUUAGCAGUAAAACCAUCACCCCUGCAAAGCCUGCUGGGAAAGAGAACAGAACCCAAGCAGCUGAGUCUUUGACAGCAGGCUUAACAAAAACUGCAUCAAACCUUUCUCUCAGACAGGAAGUGAGGCCACAGGAGGCUCCUCCAGUAGCCAAAUCAGCUGUUACCACAGCAGCCAGCAUUCACCCCAGCAAUGGGCAGAUUCACUCCCAGUAUCACGGUUACUAUGUCAAGGCAGAUGUCAAGAGUCCACCACCCGAUGAUCCAAUUGGUGCAGAGGAUCACCCAUCAAGCUUUGCUCGGUUGCCACCGCCUGCCAAACAGAUUCAGACACCAGCACUAAAAUCCUUGCCAGCACAGAGUCCUUCACCAGCUCUCCCAAAAGAGAGCACCAAAGCACCAGAGCCUCUUAAGCCAAAAAGACCGGAAUCCACCAAACCAAAGAGCCUCGCAGAAACCAAGAAAGCCAGCAUGGAAAUAGCUCCUGAAAUUGUAGAGGAGGAGUCGGGCCCUAACUCUAUCUUGGUGGCUCUUGUGAUGCUGUUGAAUUGGACUCAUCCAAACUAGUCUCCGAGCUGCUAACCCUCCACCAGCCACAGAGGCCUUUCAAAUAAACAACACCAGUCAGAACAGCAAACACGGGCAGAACGGAGGACUGAAAAUAGACUAGUGAAGAAGGAGUAGGAGGAGGAGAAGUGGAGCAGAAAAACACAUGGAGAAGAAAGAGAGAGGGGGAAGCAGAGAGAGAGAAAGAUGAAACCUCCUUCACCACCACCACAACCCCACACCCCACCCAGCCCUCGCUCUCUGGAUGGACUGAAUGACUGUGUUUGGUGCCCGAGUCCAACCUGAUUGGACUGGCGAUAAUUUGUGACUCCACUCCAGAGUGCAUUGAAAGCUGAAGCAAGCAGUUACUGGUUGGAAAUGGGCCCUUUAGCCCCAACUAUGGAUUCUCUAACAGGGUUAGAAAUAACAGGAGACCUGGAGAGAAGAGCGGAUGUGAGAGAGUGUGAGGCCUGGCAUCUAUACUGCCUAUAAAUGCCUGUAAUGUGUGUGCUUCACUCUUCUAGCUCCAUUUCCAUCUAGCUGUUUGGCAAAUAUGGAAGUUUUGAAAUGCUGCAAUAAAAAGUUUGUGCCUAGUCCAGCCUCGUUGAAGACAAUUUGUUUCCUAGAUGAUCUUACAGAAGAACUGAGAGUGUCUUCACUGUGUUGAUUAGUGCUGUUAAUUAUUAGUAACUGUUCUGAUGUUGGUCAUAUGCUAUGAUUUUAUUUUAUUUAUCUACCAUCAGACAGGAUACCUACACUUUAGAGAGACAACAGGCAGUCAGAUACGUCACAAUAAGCAUUAAAUAACUGUAGUGCACUUUAAUUCAGCUGUUGACCAGGUCAGUUACGCCUAAGCCUUUAUUAGUGCAUCAACCAAUGCUAUAUGGUGUGUUGUUGAAGAAAAGCAUUUUUCUGCUUCUAGUAAGCAUGAGGCAUUUUUUUUUUGACUUUUUGAAUCAACUCUCCUCUUAUGUAAAAAUCUACACAUAACUGUUGGAUGGAAACCAGGCUUGUGUGUCUCUCAGUGUAUUUGACAUGUUUUUCUAUCUGCUUCUCUCGUGUGUGUGUGUGCGUUCACGUGUGUGUGUGUGUGUGUGGGCCGAUGGUGGACUGGAAAUGUUCUGAGAUGCACUUUGAGCUGAUGGAAGCCGACAGCUGCCUUACCGUUUUACAGAGUGACGUGUUGGUGGGUGAGAAGGGCCCGGACAGGAAUGUGAAGCGCUUGGCUGAUUCUAACUCCUGGGAGAGUGGCUCCAUUUCUAUCUGUCUGUCUAUCGAUCUGUUCAUGUCUGUUUUUAUCUUUCUGUGGGUCUCUCAGUGCCUGCCUGCCAUAUUCUAUAUCAGAUGCACAUAAGAUGAUCAGAGGGCUUUUAUUCCAAAAUGAAAAGAUGAAAACAUGACUACAACAUCCUUGUUUUUAAAGCAAUAAUUGCAGUUUGCAAAUUUAAUAUUAUUUCCUGCAAUCUCUCAUUUUUGGAAUGGAUGAUUGACAGAUUAUUUUUGACAAACUCACUGUUUGUGUCUAUCUUCACUGAUGCUGGCUCAACCAUGAAUUCAUGUUUCUGUGUUUUCAUUUCUUUUGGCAGUCCUCAUUCCUCCUGAGCUUAAUUUAACCCUGGCUUGUGUAUCCUGUUUAUAACAGUGUGGAGUGUGACAGCUGUAUGUGCCACGCUGUUUCCUAAGGGAGUUUUUUUAAAUAAAUUAAAUUAAAAUAAAGAUUCUUAAUAUCUGAAUGAGUGAAAUUCAUCUAGUUCUAAUUUCAGGCUUGAGUAAUAUCAUUGAAUUUUCAACCAUGAACUGAAUUCCUGAGAGGAAUGCAGUGUGGAUUUGUGUUAGUGACUGCAGAGAAGAUGUUUCACUUAGUGCAAUACAUGAACAAUGUGAGUAAACAUUAAUACAGAAGGUGUUGUCGUUUCUUCUGUACGUCUUCUAAGAAGUAGAUUAUCUCUUGAAGCAAAGGCAGAGACACAGUGGAAAAUGAACAAAACUAAAAUUGUGAUGGAUGAUUGAUGCACCUCACUGUGAGAAUCUGUAGAUUUGGUUGUAUGCAUGUGUUUUACCCAAACAACUCUAAAGUGUUUCAGAUCUGCUUUGGUCUAAAUCUCUGUCAAGGGUCAAAAUCAACUUUCAAUGUUGUGAGAGGUCUGUCUCAUUCCUCCUGCUGAACACAGACAUCAGGCAGUUACAUGCCUAACUCUUGUUUGGAGUUGUAAUAUGAAGUGAGAUGAAGACUGUGUGUGACUGACCAUAUUUGCACUGUUAUGCAUGAGCAAAGAGACACAGCAGAGAUUUACUCAUGAAAACUGAGGAAUGACCAGACUGGAGUCAGUUAAAUGUUUUUUUCCUCCACUGCUUCGAGCUAAGGUUUGCUGAAAGGCUAUUGAUCCUUUGUCGUCCUAGUUUUAUACUAUGUGGUUGAUUCUCUGACCAUUCUGGGAAAGGUGGAUCGAUAAAAAAACUUUUUUACUGUUGUGGUUUGUGUAAUGCAUUUGAUGCAAUGCCAUUAAUUUGUGCAAAACUAAACUACUAGUUAAGAGACCUGUGGUUUUAAUAACAGACACCAUCCAAGGAAUCCUUAGCUUAACAUUUUUGCCUUCACAACAUAUGUUAGAAAACAUAGAGGCAUCACUCAGAAUCUAUACAUCAUUUAUUUAUUUAUAUAUAUUUUAAUGUGGAAACGUGUGUUUGCAUCUUCAACCAAGUUAGCUUGCUGAUUAAGCUGAAUAGUAAUUGACAUUUUUCUACAAUCUCUAUUUCAUGUAUAUGAAGAAUUGAUUUCUAAUAUGUGCUCAACUUUACAGCAUGGUACUGUUCAGUUUAACUGAGGACUUUUGAUUUAUUUUUCCGUUAUUGUUCAGUAUACUGAAACAUACACUUUAUUUUGUGGGUUUGUGAGUUACAAUUAUUUUCCAUUUAGUUAUUUAAUUUCCAGGGAACUGGAAAUAACUAAGAAAUGUAAAAUAAUGUGUAAAAUAAAACAUGAUAGAAGGUGUUUCCCCGCCCCCAAGACUUUAGAUAUCAUACGGUGUACAGUCAGGUUUAUUACCAACCUUUGAUAUUUGUUUUUCAGUUUCUUAACUAAUAUAUUUAGGAUUUUGUCCUGUAGAGUAAUUAGGUGGUUUAUCAUUCAUAUUUAGAUAAAGAUGACAUUUGUACAUGGGUUGGAUGAUGUGGAGCUCUCUGCUCUGUUGUAUGUGGUAUCCUGUUUGAAUUUGAACAGGCAGGAUGAAGAUUCUGAGUUACUUCAGGGUGAUAACUGUGCUGCUGUUGUUCAUUAUUAUCAGCUGGAGUAUCAGUGCCUGUAGAAAUAGUACAGUAGCUGUUUGUUCCAGUUUUAUUUAAAUGAUGAAUGCCCCUAAGGUAUGAUUUGACAGUAAUUUGUUUGAUUUAGAUAUCUGUCAGAAGGUCAUGGCAUAUGAAAAAAAACACUCAGCACAGUGUGACGUUAGCUUUCAGUUUAUGUCUGCUAACUUCUCAACAGUGUAUACUUUCUUAAUGUAUUCAAACCUGCUUGUGUGUGAAUGCUGGUUUCAAAAUGAAUUAUUAGCCUUUUGAAAAUUAAUGCCUGUUAAUAUUAUAUAUUUAAAAUAUGUAUCUGUAUUUUUUGAUGAAAGUUUUAGAUAGAAACAUUUAAAAUCUUAAUGAAGUUUACAGUUGGGAAAGAAAAAGCAUUGUCUUAAAUAUGUCUCCUCCCUGAUGGCUGGAUUAAGCAUAACGUUUUUGUUGGAAUGUGGAAACUUAGUUCAGUAGUUUUGUUGCCCAAACCAAAGCAGAGACAGAGUGAAAAUAAGAAGUUUGACGCAAACAAACCCCAAUCUCCAAGUUUUAUGUAUUUAACCACUCACUCACACAUUUUACUUCAUGUGUGUACUAUGUCAGUAUUUGAAAUAAACUUAAUGAAACAGUUUUGCUGCCUAAUGAAACAGUUUUGCUGCCUAAACCAAACCAAACUGAAAAUAAGGAACAUAACAAUACGCUAGCAAAAAAACAUAGCACUAAUGAAGGAGCUCAUUCUUACUAUGUUCUCGGCUAGCAUGGCUGUGGCAGCAGACCUACCUCUAAAAGAUGGAAUAGAGAGCAGUGACUGCGGGAGGCCCAGCUCAAUGACUGCAUAUUGUGUGACACAGACCAGGGUUCUUCACUAGGUAAAAACUUUGUGCCCAAACCCAAACCACUGGAAAUGUGGUACCUGUGGAGCCAGAACUGUUUUGUUUGUUUUGAAAACCAUGUAUACGUCCACACAGAACUAAGAAGUGCUGGAGCUAUGCUAAACUGUGAAAUAUUAGUCACACAGAGGCCCACUCUGCAUAGUCUUCACCACUGAUUCACAAUCUACCGUCACUUUACAAUUUGCCAAACAAAGUAUGUGUCUUGCCCAAUGUAACUUAAGUCACCAAUUCAUUGACAUCACAGACUUCAUUGUGGGUCUUUUUUUUUUCACUCCCUUUUUCCCACCUGCACUUUCUCAUAAUGUAAUAGUUAUGCAAUUACACAUUGUAAAAACACACAGCAAAUGUUCCAGCAGGCUCCAGCAUGAUCAGAUCACAGCUGGGUCCUCACAGAUCCACUGUAGUAUUACACGUUUAGAAGAUCCGUGAGCAUUUCACAAUAAUCAACCAACUACUGUAUAAAAUGUGGAUCCAAACCUGUACAGGUCCAUGAUCAGAUCUCUGGAUACUUGGGUUUGGGUCGACCCGUGAAGACCUCUAACACAGACAGUCAGAGGACAUGGGGAGGUGCUGGCUGAUCUUCUCUAAGUGCGGCAUAAGUGCAGGAAAGAUUACUGACUUUUUGUGAGAGUCACAGCUAUAUCAUAGAUCAGCAGGGCCAGUACCAGUGUCGCCACAGUCCUGCUGUUGUGUCAUAGUGAAUAAUACAGCCCUCAAUAUCUUGAUGAGCUCUGAAUAUAGUCAGUUUGCCCUUUUGUUGUGUCCUCUAUCACUGCAGAGAAUCAAACGCUGUUAAUGUACAAUGUCAUAUGCUUAAAGGCUUGCUAAUGCUAAUGCCAUGAGCAGCUAUGUGUGAGAGGCAUAGAGACUCCAGUGAGCUAUUGUUCUGCAUUAUAUAUGGUGCAGCAGCUGACUGCAUUCGUUCCUAUUUAUUAUAGACAUAAAAUUUGCUGAGAAAAAAGUGUGUACUUUCUGUGCCUGCAGGGUGAACCCUAGAAAUGAUAGUAUGAACACUUUACAUCAGGUCUUAUCACGAAACACAUGACACGGAGACUGUUUGAUGUAACUUUAAAAAUUGUGUGAUUGAGUUAUUUGCUAAUUGCUAAUUUCCUUACAUGACAUGUCUUAGUUUGGUAAAAAACAUAAGACAGUCCCCACUUGAGAGUCUGAAAAUUCUCAGCUUUUCAUCAAAGCUGGUUUCCACAUUAAAAUAAAAAUAAAAUGUAAAUCCAGUAAGUUGGAAAUAGCCCAUAAAUUACAUUGAUCACAUGCAUUUAAAGAAAAACUUAAAUGAAGCUCUUGUGAGUCGAUGAACAGAGAUAAAGUUAAUGAGCAAAGCUUUGGUUGAUUCUGUGUUGGAAUCUUUUUUUAAUGGAAACUGUAAUGAAAGAUGAGCAGCAUGAACAGUGAGGGUGUAGCAUCGAAUGCUUGACCGUUAUCAAUUGUGUGACAAUUGGGGAACAGUUUUUGUUGGCAAAUGCGAAUCCUAAUGUACUAUUGUAACUGAUAGAGGAUUGUUUGGCUUAUUGGUAUGGUAGCAGGGGAGUGAUUUAACUUUAUGGUAGUAAAGCUCAUAGUUACAAGUUACGAAAGUCUGAAAAACUGCAUUCGACCCACUCUUCAGCAAAAUCAUUAAAAUGUAUCACAUGAUUUAUUGCCCAGUCAGACCAAUCAACACCUCUCUUGAAAGCAGAUUUAUUAAGAGCUGAACAUGGUCACCUUCAUGAAGGUGGACUUGGUGUAUGAGUGUUGCUUUUGACUGCAUUUUAGCCUUGUGUAUAACUGAGUAUAUACAUACACAUGUGAUAAAAAUCAUUGGUGCUGUUCCACUUAAAAAACAUUAAUUUGUUGAACAUUGAGGUCAGCUUGUAUCUGUUUGGAAGUUUUCCUUGGUUUAUUUUCCACAUCCGUGGAAGUUGGCUAUGGUCCCAGCCCUAUCCAUCCACACACUCAUUAGCUAUACCUCUUCUUUCUCUUGUCCAGAUGACAAUGGGUGAGAGGUGGGGUAUGCACCCUUGACAGGUCACCAGUCUCUCACAGGGCUGGCCAGCAGGUUCAAACUCAGAACCUUCUUACUAUGAGGCAGUAGUGCCCACCACACCAUCGUCAAUGUUAGCUGCCUCUAAAUAACUAACUGCUUUGAUAUUUUUUCUUGAUCAUUCUUGGAAAUUAUCUUUGUUCAUUGUCGCUGUCUUCUCUUCAUUUAAAUAGGCUGAAUGACUGAUAGUAAGACUUAGGGCCAGUAUGAUAUCAAUUAAAGACAAGUCUGCUGGAAAUAUCACAACAAUCCACUAAUUCAUCACCACUAACAUAUACCAUUAUUUCAUCCUCAGCAUUUUAGAAGAUCCUUGUAGAAUAAGCAAGAAUUCACCCAACUAAAGAGUUUAAGUCUCAACAUUUCAGAAAGAACAGAGCAUUGUUUCAUUGAGGUGUAAGAGUACCAAUAUACACACACACACACACACACACAUACACACACACACACAC